AUGAGCAAAGAGAGAGAGGAAAAGCGACUCCAAAGAGAACUGGGCAUAGUUUUCAAAACAACUAUCCUUCCAGAUCAAUGGCCAACGCACCUUUUCAAUACGUUUCAGCAGGUCAGAUCUUUCCAAAAAUUCGACAUCUUGACCUUCCCCAUGGGCGACCUUUCCACCUCAUCUCAUCAACUUCUCUGGAGAGGCGAAACAACAAAACGUGCAAGGGAGAUUGUUAGAAUUGCAGCAACUCUUAUCGACGAUGCGCCUGUCGAAAUGGACACGCGACUGCGAUUGGAACAGGAUGUCUUGCGUCGUUUUUAUCUGGCUAUCGAUUGGAAGGAGACCGACACAAUAUUUUCAACCAGAGCGGAUGAAAUGAUGUCGUUUGAUUUCUCUGAGAACCGGUCCGAGGAGCACCUCAAGAACAGGCGGCCUGAUCGAAUUCUCGGGUUCCAGGAAACAAACAGCCUCAGUCGCCGGUUUGCCCAACAUGAUCUGAUGGCUGGUCAACUAGGAGAUGAUCCCGCACUUAAGACUUUAUGGGAAACGGUGGAAAUCAUCGAGGCCAAAUCAAGAUAUGGCGCCUCAUUUGAUGCCUGCAAUAUACAAACUGCACAGCCAAUUUCGAAGAUGCUUAAAAUACAGGAAGAUCUACAAGCGAAGUCUCAAAUGACACUGGAGUACGGAGGGCCACUCCUAUGGUAUAUUGCUUACAGAGGAGAGGGCUGGCGACUAUCCGCAUGUUAUAUCUCUGAAAAGUCUGACGAGCAUUUAUAUGAAAUUGUCAACCUCUGGAGCGGCCAAUUGAACGACGGAGACACUAGCGAUGCGCCGAUGCUUGCGAAUCCUACUCAAGACAAGGGCCGAGUCCACGACAAUGGCUUCACCACGGCUGAUACCGACAGCGAUGUUUUCUCACUUGGCAGGAAAAAACAAAGAAAGGAUAUUGAGACUUGGGGUGCCGCCGUCGAGGACACUACAGAGGUGAUGCUGGAGGAGGAACUCAGCCUCAUUAAGUGGGCGACUUAUGAUUCAUCAUUAGGCGUUUUCCGCCCAGGAUGUAUUGUCGAGUCCUUGUUCCGAUGCCUCUGCAUUACCAAAGAGAAUGUUGAUGCACUAUUCUCAACCCUACCGAAAGGACGCAGUCCUAAGAAGCUUGCUAGAAACGCAGAGAAUGUCUUAAACGUUAACCAUGUUCUGGUAUCAGAAGAUGUACUUGGGAGGAUGGAAGAAAUUUGGACUAACAGAGCCAGACGGCGUCAAUGCCAAGAUGUCCCAGAAAAACACUUUUUCACGACAAUCAACUAUCAUGCAUCCUUUGCUGGAAACUGGGAGCUGAAGAGGGUCAUAUCUUGUCUUGCGUUUGAUGAAGAAGCGUUGAACCUACUCCGCCAGUACCAUGGACGAAAGUCGAUCCCAGUCGCCAUCAAACGUGCCAAGAUCUUAGGGAAGGAUAACGCAGAAACCUUGCUGACUGUCUUGAAAAAUCAGACAGUGCAACAAAACCUCGCAUCAGCUUUAGCUUCACAAAGGCAGGAACUACGCCCUGUAGCUGGUGUUUCAUCCUCACGCCUUAGCCCUACUUUUGAGUUUGCAGACCAAAGUCGAUGCUGGUUUGAUGACAAAGGCUUCAAAUGGGACUCGGAUACAACGGCAAGUGAGGUCAUAGAUCAGGUGUAUGAUUGGUGCAAGAAGGGUUCUGAAGAGCCAACACAGCCAUACAUUCGAUUCUCUCAGCAAAUGAGUUCGCUGACUGAUAACUCCACCGAUUCGACUGUCGCAGCACACUUUCCUAAUUGCGAACCUAGGCAAGACGAGCAGUAUGUCCUAGCAGCAUCGCAUAUAUACGAUAAAAGGUCGAACGAGUCACCUUUACAUCUUUGCUUGUAUGUCGUUCCCGGUCAGAUGGAGCCUCCGAGCAAAAAGCUGCUAGAACAGACUUUGCGGAAACUGCUUGAGAGUGACUUGGUCUACUUGGUCAACCCCAAGCCAAACUCUUGGAAGGACACAUGCCAAAAAUUGCGGACGGGGAAGUUCACCAAGUACAUAUGGGACGCUACUAAAUUGUGGAAAGACGAAAUCAAACAACAGCUCACUUCAAGAGAUCCUGUAACAUUACCCGCUCUCGAAACUAAGCCUAAACCGAUAUGUGGAAACCCUUCGCGACAACACACUCGGUCGCUAUCUCCAUCUCCUUCACCAGGACCUACAUCACCUUCGUGUAUACCUCCGCUGGUAGAGACUGGCAACUUCCUGAAACGGCCAUUCGAGGCUACAGAUGGGGAUGAGAUUUGGGAAAGCGAGAAAAGGUUCAAGGCUACCAAUGAUUGUGUGAAUGAUGAGAUCAUAAUCAUCGAUGAUUGA